AUGCUGCUAAAAAAAAAUGCAACAGUAGAAGAUGAGGAAGAUUCAGAUGAUGAGGAUGAUAUUCCCGAGUUGGCAGAAGAACAAGGAUUAUUACCUGAUGUAUCAUCAUUGAAUCUUGAUACUCAAUCUCGUGGAGAGAAAAAAGCUCGUAAAGCAAUGCAAAAAUUGGGAUUGGUACAUGUUCCUGGUAUUACUAGAGUUACAAUUAAAAGAGCAAAAAAUGUAAGAGAAAGUUCCGGUCAUUAA